GAAAAAUUCAUAUUAUAUUCUCUCGAGAAAUAUCAUCACCAGUAUGAUGGAUAAGUAGCCUAAGACAACCAACACACAGACAACUGAAGAAUGGCAACUCUCUACCUUCCUAUCCAACAGAGAACUUUCUCUUUCGGCACAAACUCAACCAAACAUAAAAAUGCCGUCCAAGAUCUGCACUUGCCAGCCCAAGAACUUAGGAAUGUGGCUUGUGGGGUUCUUGCUGUUUGGGCUGUGACCUCUCUUUCACCUGUCAUUGCUGCAAAUCAGAGGCUUCCGCCUCUGUCAACAGAACCAAAUAGAUGCGAGCGUGCUUUCGUGGGAAACACAAUUGGGCAAGCCAAUGGAGUUUACGAUAAACCACUCGACCUCCGAUUUUGUGACUACACAAAUGAUAAGUCAAACCUCAAGGGAAAGUCUCUGGCUGCGGCUCUCAUGUCUGAUGCCAAGUUUGAUGGGGCUGACAUGACAGAGGUUAUUAUGUCAAAGGCUUAUGCAGUUGGAGCAAGUUUUAAGGGCACAAACUUUUCAAAUGCGGUUUUGGACCGUGUAAAUUUUGGGAAAGCCAAUCUGGAAGGAGCGGUGUUUAAGAACACAGUUCUAUCAGGUUCAACUUUUGACGAGGCUCAACUUGGGGAUGCAGAUUUUGAGGACACCAUUAUUGGUUACAUCGAUUUGCAGAAGCUGUGUGUAAAUAAGACUAUAAAUGAUGCAGGGAGAACUAAUUUGGGAUGCAGAUAAACUUGGUCUUCUUGUUCUUUAUGAUCUUGCUUAUAUUUUGCAUAUUGUUUGGUCAAAGGAUUUGUGGAUCUUUUACUUGGAACAAGGAGAACUGAUUGUUGUUUGAAGAUUAUUAUUUUGUCAAAGUUAUCACUUGUGUGGUAAUAUCGAAUAACACUCUUUUGGAAUGCCUCAUGGACACAACUCAACUACUAUUAUUUCACAUCUUGAACGGGGUCUAUUAGUGUACAUAUAUUGUUUGGGCAUUUUUGUAAUUUGACAUGUUCAAGUAGAGUUAUAUUUUAGUCUUAUAAGUUGCUAUUGUUGAAUGACAACUCUAG